CAAAAAGUGAGCACUUUCUCGUUCCAGAGCACCAGCUCCGCAUAAGUGCGCUUCUCCUGCUCAAAGGUCUGCUGUGGAGCGAAGGCAGAAGCAACCAUGGACGAGAGCCAGGCGAAUGUUGCCUUUACACUGGCCAAGGAGUUCAGCACCAGCGCUCUCACGACCACGAUGGACAUGGCAGGGAAGGUGAAAGACUACAUUCAAAGAGGUCCAGAAGGUGUUGGUUAUUUGUGCUUUGUAGGUGGUGCUGCAUCGGUCUUUCUUGGACUGCUGGGUUUCCUGGAUAUUGCUGGAAUCCUGAUGAGUCCUUUGCAGUACCUAGUGAAUGCCUAUCAGACGGGCUUUGGCCUUGUGGUGUGUGUCCUUGAGGCGCCGCCGGAGUGGCUAAGCAAUGCUCGCCUCGCCAAGGCGCAGCGCUUUAUCCACGAGUUUGCCAAGUUCUUGACGACCUUUGGCGGGCGAGGGUUGUUCUACCUCUUCCAGGGGUCAUUGGACCUUUCGUUGGACACCUACUCACUGACCUGGCUGGUUGGAUGCUAUAUGUGCUGCAUGGGCGGUGUUUGCAUUGGGAUGCAAUACGGGCUGCUGCCAGAGGCACAAGUUGCAGUUUUCAGGAUGCCUUGCGACGCACCAGGAUUGACGCUCGAAUCAAAUAAUCCGCUGUAAGCCUUUUGCUCAUCGAUGUUCACCAAAAAUGGCCCCGCGCAAGUAACUUCAGGGCCCUUAGAAUGAACUCUGCGCCACACAUUGCCAUCACGCUGAGUCUCACUUUGGAUGUUCGAACCAAGUUCCUUUUUGCAGCGGCUUCCGUUGUCGGGUCUAUCUUGAGCUAAGCAGAGCUUCAAAACGGGCAGCUGAGCUGAGCGUCAAGCAUCUUCUGUGUACAGCAAUCAAAAACCAUGUAGGAUGUGCGAGUGUGCCGACCAAGAUGCCGAGUCAACCCCGCUUGUUUGUGCUUUGUACCACAACACUGGCUGCUUGUGAAUUGAAGACCCAUUUUGAGGCCAAGUGGGGGCCAAACUCGAGUUAAACCAGCUGACAUGCUGAAUGAAACCCAUUGUUGAGCCAAUGUUCGACGUUCAGCUGCGCUUCAAAGUUGGUGGCCGAUUUUGAGAUGUGGAAGAGUAGUAAUGAGAAGAAGAAGAAAGAAAGAAAGAAAGAAAGAAAGAAAGAAAGAAAGAAAGAAAGAAAGGCAGAAAGAAAGAAGGUUACUUUGCAGCUUCGCUGCGCAGUGCAGUGCAGUCAUGUUAACCUAAAACCAGUGCUGUCCAUCUAUUGAUCAGGUGGCCUUAUUGUUGAAGGAAUUGGACAGGACCAAUGGAAAGUGCACCAAUCGGUUGCAACCUUGUGACGCACUUUCUCAUUAAACAACAGGUUUGUCGCCAAAACAGUGCCUAUCGAGCCGCUGCCCCCCUAGUCAUGAUGAAGAACAAGCAAAGCAGAAGCAGAAGCAGAAGCAGAAGCAGAAGCAGAAGCAGAAGCAGCAGGGCAGCACCAGUGCGGCAAUGCAAGUGACCAGAGAUUUGUGCAUGUGAAAUUGAACUUUUGUGCAAACCGGCAUCCGGAUAUUUGCCAUGUCCCCCCGCUAAUUUGGAGGAAGCGAAGAGUUUGAAGUUCCGCCGCGCUCAAUGGGGGGUCUGGCUAUGGUGGCGUGGAUGGGCUUUUCCGUAGUUGGAAGUCAGACUGAAAUACCAGACGAUUGAUUGUUGAUGCCUGCGUGGGCAAUGGCAAACUCUUUGUGUACCUGUAAUGUGUCUGAUGCCUUAUACUAGCUCAGCAUCGCUUCUUCUACCGACUCACUGAAUAAGAGCAAGGCUUCAUCUCAGAUGAUGCUCAAAGUUGAAAACUGCAAAGGCACUAAAGGAUGGGAGUGUGGAAAGCUCUGAGUGGGUUUGCCCGAGGUUUUGUGCAUUCUUGUCAAUUUUAGAGGUUUUUAGUGGAUCAGGCUUGGCAUCAACGGUUUGCAAGGUGGAGCAGGGUGUUAGCAUCAAGCAACCAGUGUUGUGUUUUCGCAGAUAGUUACCGUCGUCCCGCAUCGGUGUGUGCUGGUUUUGUAGCCUUACAUCUGAUGGCUUUGGUAGGGUGCAUUGGUAGGCUUACAUCUUACGAUGCGAAACACGGUAGACUCCUGGGGCUGGCCUGCCAAUUGGAGUGCCAGGGAGAAGACUCUUGGUCCUUGGUCCUUGUCCUGUCUUGUUUGUCUCCCCUUCGGUAUUGGACACGGAGAGGCUCAUCAAGUUGGGUGUUCAAUCUGGUCGAUUCAUGUGCAUGUUGGGCUGUACUUUGCGCAGUAUUGACCUUGGGCGCGUGUACUGAUAUCAUGCACUCCAAGAUGCACUCUGAUUCACAGCCGAGACCCUGAGAGCUUGCUGUCAAUGUGAGGGCCAAGAUGUCAAGUCUUUUCAUUGUUUUUGCAUUGCCCUUCUUCUUCUUCUUCUCCUCCUCCUCCUUCUUCUUCUUCUUCUUUGGUUAUGACUGCUGCAUACCUAACGAAUCUUUAAGCAGAACGCUGCCAAGCAAGCUUCUUUAGAGCCUUAAUGAGCCUUAACAGUGGGCAAAAACAAGCACUGUUUGCAAGUGUGUCUGGUUUGCCCAAUGUUUGGGGACAACACUGGAACCGCACCUUUGGUGUAGGGUUCUUUCUAUUCCCAUACACUCUUGAAAAACGUGGAAUCCUGGAAGCCAUGUCGAUCCAUUUUUGUUGGAAUUCACUUUGUGCCUGUGGCGCCCGUAGAUUAUUCACUUAAGCUAGUUUGCGUAAGCUGCAUUUCUGUCUUGGCGCAAACUGUGCAGUACCGGGACAGAGAUCCUCCGCAGGCCAAUGGGCUUUACCAUUCAAUGCUCUUGUCCUUCAUGUCCAGUUUCCACAUUCAGCGUUUUGUUGAAGAGUUGAAGACCGCACUUUGCAAUUUAUGAAAGUAGUUUUUUGUUUUAAAUGAUUCUGUAAUUACUUGUUGCUCGAAUUUUGCAGUCGAGAGACUACAUUGGCAUCACCUGAGCGCCAAAGAGCGCAUCCGAACACAGCAAUCAACGUCUGAAAAGGAACACCCAAGGAGGAGCAACGAUUUUGAAAGGCUUUGAGAUGCAAUUGGAUGAUUCUUUUUGGUGCUGCGUAUUUGUUUUGAAGGCUUUGGAUUCUAUGUAGUUUUAAGUCUUUUUUCCCGAGCACAGUGCAUUUUCAGACAUUCACUGUGACUAAAGGUCGGUUCAUUGCCCUCCAAGGCCCUAGCCAAACUGGCGAGAAGCAACGCGCUAACCAUAGCGGUUGCCAGCCGGCUACAUCACCACAUGCCAGCAUGUAUCCGCAAG